ACACAAUUAUAUAGACGCACAGACUCAUACACUCUUUGUGAAAACGCGGAGUUCUGUUGUCAACCUUCGGGUGCAGAAGGCGUCGCACAGUGUCCGCUAUUUUCCUGUAGUCUUCUGACUAACGCACUUGGCGCUGAUUAAGAAGAGAAACAGCUAUUCUUACAGCCUAUUCUUUCUUUUGUCUAUCUGUUUAACUAAGUUUAUCAGAGACAGAGACGCGCGUCUGAAAUUAAUUCAGAAAGACUUGAAAAAGAUAAAGAACAUCUAACCACCUCAGUGUUCCUGCUGCUAAAUAGUCCCACGUACACUUCUGAAAAUGUCUGGCGAAGACGCACCAGCUCAGCAGCAAAACGCCGAAGAGCAGAAAAACCAGGAGACAAAAAAACCCGCUGAGGAGCCGAAAGCGGAGACCAAGCCAGACUCUCCGCCCGCCAGCGCCGCUACUGAGGCUGCAGCCGCCCCAGCAGCGGCAGAGAAGGCGCCAGAGGAGGAGGCUUUCACCUACAGGUCCCUGGUCCUGACUGGGUAUGGCGGUUACGAUAAAGUUAAGCUGCAGGUGAAGAAGGGGAAACCGGCCCUGAAGGCCGGCGAGGUAAUGGUGCGGGUGAAGAUGUGCGGGCUCAACUUCGCCGAUCUUAUGGCUCGCCAAGGGCUGUACGACCGGCUCCCGUCCCCGCCCGUUACGCCUGGGAUGGAGUGCUCUGGGAUAAUCGAGGCUGUGGGGGAAGAAGUGACGGAUAGGAAAGUGGGCGAUAAGGUGCUGGCCCUGAGCCGCUGUGGGAUGUGGCAGGAGGUGGUGGUGGUGCCCACCACACACACCUUCAUCAUGCCCGAGGGGAUGAGCUUUGAGGAGGCCGCAGCCCUACCUGUCAACUACAUCACUGCCUACAUGAUGCUGUUCGACUUCGGACACCUGCGCCCCAACCAGAGUGUGCUCGUCCAUAUGGCUGCAGGUGGGGUGGGGAUCGCUGCCACCCAGAUGUGCCGUACGGUGAAGGACGUGACUGUGUUCGGCACGGCGUCAGCCAGCAAGCAUGAGGUCAUCACCGAGGGCGGUGUCACGCACGCCAUCGACUACCGGACAAAGGAUUACGUGGAAGAGGUCCGCAAGAUCAGCCCUAAAGGGUUGGAUAUCGUGCUGGAUCCUCUGGGAGGCUCUGACACCCAUAAGGGCUACAACCUUCUGAAACCUAUGGGCAAACUCAUCAGCUACGGUGCUGCCAACAUGCUGUCAGGGCAGAAGAAGAACCUGAUCGCCGUGGCCAAGACCUGGUACCACCAGUUCUCCGUGCACAGCCUGAGCCUGAUCCAGGGCAACCGCUCGGUGUGCGGCUUCCACUUGGGCUACUUGGACACGGAGACAGAGCUCAUCGCCCAGGCCAUGGACUCCAUUCUGGGCCUGUACCGCCAGGGCAAGGUCAAGCCCCGCAUCGACUCCACCUUCCACCUCGAGCAGGUCGGCGAUGCCAUGCGCAAGAUGCAGGAGAGGAACAACAUCGGCAAAAUCGUCCUGACCACCGAGCCCAUGAAGGAGGAGGAGAAGAAGGAGGAGGCCAAGAAGGACGACAAGAAAGACGACAAGAAAAAAGACGACAAGAAGAAGGACGACAAGAAGAAGGAGGAAGGAAAGAAGGAGGAGAAGAAGAAGGAGGAGGGAAAGAAAGAAGAGAAGAAAGAGGAGAAGAAGGAGGAGAAGAAAGAGGAGAAGAAGGAAGAGAAGAAGGAGGAGAAGAAGGAGGAGAAGAAAGAGGAGAAGAAAGAGGAGGCUAAGAAAGCAGAAAAUUGAGGAAGAGUCACUUAGUUGGAUAGUUAGGCAGACGAGUAGGGGAGGGGGUAGAGAUAUUGUAUGUGUGUUUAUGCACAUGUUUGUGUAUGGGGGCGUGUUUGUAUGUAUGUAUGUAUGUAUAUGUAUGUAUGUGUGCAUAACUUUGGUAUGCCUGUGUGUGUGUGUGUGUGUGUGUGUGUGUGUGCAUAUGUAUGUGUAUGUGCACAUAUGUGCACACAAAUGUGUGUUUGUGGGUGGGUGGGUGGUUGUCUCUGUGUGUAAAUGUUUGUGUAGUUGUAGGUAUGUUAGACAAGGGAGUGUGUUUUUAACAGUGCACGGUCCAGCACCCAGCCUCUCCCCCAGGCCCCGGUGACAGUAUCACUGGAGCUUCGCUGCAUGUCACACAAAACCAUUAAUAACAGUGCACCUACUAAGGGCUACACACACAUCUACCCACAGCCCUCCUACACACAGACACACACACACACACACACACACACACACACACACACACACACACACACACAAAAACCAACUUCCACCCAGCAAAACUACUGUGAUUCAUUCACAGAACAUAUCUGCAGUAUCUCAGUACCCCCAUUGGAAAGUUUUCUAUUGGUAUUAUGAUUAUACUGUUGUAUUUUAUGCCUCUAUUACAAUCUUAGAGCAAUAGUACAUUCAGUAUACAUCUAACUGUGACAUUGCUGUAUCACAACUGUGUGUAGUGCCACUGCUCUAAUCCCCAAGAAUGUAUUACAUCUAAGGAGUAUUUCAACACUGUGGUAUUUGAUAUUGAUUUCCUAUCUACACUACAGUUCUAUUGGCUCCAAUAUACUGUCACUCCCAGGCUGCAUUCUAAAUGAAAGAGCGUUCACUAGUUCACUCUGUCUGAUAGAGCCUCUUCAAAGUGCACGUAGGGUCGUCAAGUGCAGAUAUGUUCGUGUUUCCCUGAAAUGUGCACACCACUCCCACAAUCUGCUAAGGACUCUGGGUAAUGGCCUGGCCUGGGGUUGAUGGCUGUUGCCAUGACAACUGUGAUCCCUCUGCCUCCUGGACUGUCUGGUCUUCUCUCUAUCUCUCUCUCUCUCUCUCUCUCUCUCUCUCUCUCUCUCUGUACCCUUGUCUCCCUGGUGCUCUUCUCUCUCCCUCCUCAGCUGGAAGAUCCAGCUUCAGUCUUAAUAGCUCCUCCCACCACCAACCUGCUACGCCCUUAUUUGGUCCAGACUCACAGACAGGGAUUUAAUGCCAUUUUCCACCCACCUGUUAGCUCAUCCGCUAAAUGAAAUCUGCCGUCUUGAUAUUAUAGUGACGUGUGUAUCUGAAGAUGAGGUGGUCUUAUAGUUUCUGAAGGCAACUACAUUACCCACAAUUCUGUGUUCUGCGUUCUGCAGUGCCCUGGAAUUGCCUGACCAUAAAUCUGAUUAUUGUCCUGUUAAAUUUAACAAGAGGAAACACAUUUUAAUGAGGCGACUGUUGGCAAGCAGUGCCAAUUAAGGGUGAAUUCUGUUAAAUUGUGCCCCCUCUCUCUAUGUCUAUUCUUGUGUGUGUGUGUGUGUGUGUGUGUGAGGUGAGUGUGUUUUUUUCUCUUCUUUUCACUCCCUCACACAAACACACGUCACGAGUGUGGCAUUGUGUGUCUGGAACAUUCUGAGUUGUGACGGAGAAUAGAAUGCCCCAACGCCCCCCCUCCCCGUUCCCUUCCCGGGAGUUCAAGGGAGGAAUUUUGGUGACCCGUUUCUCUCCUUUGACCAAGAGGAACCUGCCGUUCGCUCUGACCUGGCCCGAGUCAUUUCGACUCGAAAGAGAAAACGGGCGAAACUCUCUCUCACUUCCUUCCCUCACGCUGCUGCCACUCUGCUCCUUAGCCUCGUGCCUGGCUCUCCGGUCGGCAUAGCAACAGGCUUCUGACUAGUCAAGAGAUGACGGGGAGGCUGCAUGGCGCUCUCUCUCUCUCUCUCUCUUCCUCUGUUUGUGCCAGCCCCUCUGUGUAGAAUAAGUGACCCUCUACCCCCCACUCUCCCAGUUCUUGUCAUCACACACAUAUCGCUGUUCACAAUCAUAAAAAUAUCUCAAUUAUGCAUCAGUAUAUGCAUCUUUGUAUAGUGAUAUCCUUAUCGGCAACAAAAGCACAUUGCAGUAGUCUCUCUUUCUCUUUCUUUAUUUCUCUCUUUCUCUCUCUCGCUCUCUCUCUCCUGCUUAUGUACAUUCUCUUUUUCCUAUCCAUUUGUCUGUGAGUCUGGUGUAUCUAGCCUUCACUGAGUUGCGCUUAGUGGUUUUUAUUUCUGUUUUUUAAGCUAAUAUGUUUGGUUGAGAGACCUCCCUAGUCUAUAUGGGGUGUAUGUAUGCAUGUAUGUAUGUAUGUAUGUGUGAGACUCAUGUGUGUGGGUGCAUAUGUGUGUGUUGUCAUGUGUGAAGGUAUGUGUAUGUCCUCAGGUCAUCUGUCAGGUUCAGAUGGAAAGAAGAAAAAAAAAAGUUUUCCCUCUGAUCUCCCUGCCCCCUUCUCUACCUCCCUCACACUAUUUCCCAUGCUUCUCUGCUUCACCCUUUCUUCUCUCCCUCCCUCACACACACAUCCACACACAAACCCCGCCCCCCACACACACACUCCUGCAAUCUUUUCCGUCGGUGGCUCACUCUCUUUCUGUGAUAAGUGACCUGUAUUGGUUUUGUAUUAUUUGCACUCUGCUUGUUGAUCUUAAUGCACUUACAAUGAUGGCAGUUCCUCUCCUUUCCCAGUGGGCCACAGUAUCCAUCCAGGGUUUUGCAUGUUACCCUCCGUUGCAGACACAACUACACACACACACACACACACACACUCACACACGCCUGCGUCGGGUGCCACGCACACAUUAACAGAAUCAAUUUUUCACACAAGCACACUCACAUACACACACAUUUAUACAGAAACAGACAGACAUUCACAUUUGUGAUGCAAUGCUCUGCUUUGACUGGGUUUGGUGCGCCAGACAAGGCCACCCUAUCAGAUACGGUCAAAGAAAGUUUUUAGCCACUCAUUCUGCCAGCGUCAUCCAUCACAGCUGACCACUAUUAAUACACAGAGCAGAAUCAUUCAGAGCACAUGAGACACAGCCAGCUACAGACAACUGGCCAAUAGGCCUGGCCCUGGUCUGACACCAAUCCACACCAGACCAGAGCCAGAUCUCACACAAAGUUAGACGCUAUCUGGACAAACACACACACACACACAGAUACACACACACACUCGCACACACACACUGCCUCUUUCAUUCCAAUAACUCGGAGUUUCAGCUGUUUGGUUGAAAUUCAGCGGUGCACUGGUAGAGGCGUGGUUCUGCCGUCCUGGUAAUGGAGAAUCAUGGUAUUCUGUCAUUAUAACCAGAACGGAACCCAAUUUCGGCUCUGGUCUGGGUCCUGGCUCUCACUAGCUCUGUUCUGUUGGUUGAGCUUGUUCCUUAUGUGUUCCUGAUCCUGUGGACGACACCUCAGAGUUGGCUGGGGUGUCACCUGACCUAACAAAAUACUCUUGUGAAGGAAGUCAUACUAUUAGUCUGUUUAUGUUUUUAUCCAUCUGUUUCCUGUUUUUUCUUAUCUAUUUGUUUCAAUGUUUGACGAGUGUUGGAGCUCAAAGGUCAGCCUUUUAGAGUGAAAGAAGAGAAAAAAUGAAAAUCUUGUUGUCACUGUUUUUGCAUCCUGACCGAAUGUGCCAAACUGUGUUUGAACCACCUUUAACCAUGCCAAGCAAAUCCUGCUACCGUGCUUUCUGUUAACAAACAAAAAAUGAUAAAGAAUGAAAUGUUUUCUGGAUACAUUUCCUAUGACCUUGCUUCAAAAAAAAAAAAAAAAAAAAAGAAAGCAAACAGAGUCAAAAAUUGUUCCUGGCGUGUGUGGAUGAAUAUCUGUGGUUUUCCAGUCACGAUGCUCAUAGGUGCUGACCGAGUUCUUGCUACCGAAUAUCAUCUGAUGCUGUCAGAGAAAUUCCAUCCCAACAAUGCAGAGUGUUUGUGCUGGCGACUGCAGGACGAUGGCUGUGCCUGCAUACCAAACAAACUCUGAAAGGUUGACCACAGAAAGCACUCCCCACACACAUCUAUCCCCUGCUCUAAUCGGUAGCCCUAAUGUGUCGGCUCAGCCAGUGCUUGAUGCAGUAUGCCUGCAUGUGUCAACACGUCACAAGUGGCUAUAGAGAGUUUGGCCUAAGCGCUCUGGUUACAAAUCUGUUUUUCAGCCCCCAUUUUGUAACAAAAUACAGCAUAUUUUGUGAAGCUUGUGGCCAUUUACUAGGCGACACACACACACACACACACACACACACACAAUCUCAAACUUGCAGAAUUUAUGCUCCCACUUAAAGAAAAAAAAGAGAGAGAGAAAGAUUCGAAAGCCAAGUUGUAAAAUAUGUUGCUGCUCGAGAGCAUGGAAAUCAGAUCAUCGCUGCUCUGCUCCAGCUGUGGUGCAGCUGUCCAGAGACUGAUCGAGCUAGACGCUCGGGUCCUGGAACCCAUCUCACAGAGCGCUUUCCAUGGCAGUGGUCAUAACAGCAGACUUCCAAAACUGUCUGAACAUGGAACAAACCACAGACACUCAAACUCUCAAAAGUUGCUGUGCUAGAAUCGAUAACCCGUCUUCAGUGACUUCAGAUCAAGGCACUGAGGGGUUUUUUUUCCGUCUGUUUUGCUCAGCUGUGUUUUAAUUGCUAAUUACAUCCAUCCGGCCUCUCAACUCAAACAGACCCUA